CCGCAGUAUUUCCCGGCGUACUGACGACAUCCUAGCGGUUACUUUUUAGCAAAAUAUGACUAUCAUUUAAAAAGUAACAGGCCAAUUGACAAAUAUAUACUUACUUUCAUAAAUGUGAAGUCGUUGGUCAUAGCAGUCAGUGACUUAACGAACCAGUCCGCGGAUAACACUGGACUGGAAAAUGCUGGCUUAUGAACAGCACAUGUUCUUACUAUGUGUUAAGGCCUAGGCUCAGACAGAUUGUGGUGUUGAUCACAACAGGAAAAGUAUGAACGUGUGGAUAAAGUGACCACAGCACACGGGUUAUAACUAAUAAACACUUUUUGUUUCUUAACGUUGGAUGAUACGAGUAGCAAACUGUCUACCUGUACGUGUGUAUAGUGGCUAACUGGUCAUUCGUGUUGUUUGUUUACGUGUGAGCGGUCAGUGGCUCGGGCGACCUCAAGUGACCCUGGCCAGACGCAUCGUGUCCUCAUGAGGUGAAGGGUGUGCGUGGAAGACAGAAGAAACAGGGAUAAGUAAAAUUUAGGAAGGUGCUGGUCGAGUUUUCCCAUGAUUCAGCUUAUACAGUCCGCCAUCUUUGUUGAUAGUCUUUGUCCAGAUGUAAUACUUAGGUGGAGAUCGCCGUUUUAAUGAUCAGAUCAACGCUAUGUCGCGAAGAAAACAGGGAAGACCACAACAGAGGAAAGCACUUGACGCACUGGAACAAGAAAAUGACCUGUUGCUUUGUGGGGAGUGUCAGACCAGCUUUCCCUUACAAGAUAUCCUCAAAUUCAUACGCCACAAGGUCAACAAGUGCAGUAAGAAAAUUGUUGACGUGUUGGAUUCGCCAGAGUAUGAGGACGGUAGCCACUCAGACUCGGAGCAACACUGCGGAAGCAUUAGCUCGAAAAGGACUAGCAUCUCCGCCCCUAUCUCUCUCAAAGAGGCCAUCGAAAACAACAAAUCACCACGCUCCUCUAUUGACUCGCUCGGCUCUCUGAAGGAUGUCAGAAUCAAAGAGGAGAAUGGUCACAGCCCCAUGGAAGAGGACAAGCUCUUCGAACAAAAGUUAUCCCGGUCACCACUCAAGCCCCGCAAGGUUGUGGAUGCAGAGUCGAACACGACAAAUACAGAACCAUCCAAGUUCGUGUGCGAUUCCUGCAAGUCUACCUUUGGUUCGGCUUGGUCACUUCUACAACAUGCUCAGAAGGAACAUGGAAUGCGCAUCUACACAACUCUAGAGAAGCAACAGAAGUACCCUGAGCACCAGCAUAAAAAAGAACGUGAUGAACGAGACCAUCGAGACCAUGUACAUAACGAUCGUAAUCGUGAGCAUCGCGAGAAUCGCGAGCACCGACAUCAUGAUAAACAUAAUUCAAGUCCUAGUAACCACAGGAGUCAGCAGACAUCCCAUCAUACCCAGCAACAGCAAGCACCUCAGCAUCAACCAAAACAACGAGACGAGCAACGUGACACACCUCUGUUGUGUCAGCCCCUCGACCCACAUCGAACACCUCCCUCAGCUAGCUCCGCAGGAAGUGCGGAUAGUGGCAACCAUCUACUGCAAGAUGGUGGCCAUCAUCUAUUGCCACCUCAUCCGUCACCACACUCUUCUCCGUUCUUGUUCAAAUUUCCAUUCGAUCGACCACCAUUGUCACCAAAUUUGCCGUUCUGCCGGCCUCCUGGUCUCGGGUUGGAUUUCCCCAUCGUAAGUGAACCCUCUCUACAGAGGUCAUUUGUGGGCUUCCCGCCCAUGUUCGAUGGUGGUCCUUCACCUCCUUUUCCGAAUCUGUUUGAACGGCCAAGGCAAUCACCUGUAGGAAUCGAAGAAUCAUUUUACUCACAACGGCUUAGGCAGCUAGCAUCAUCAACUUCAGGAUCGCCAUCUCCAGUUAGGAAGCAGACACCUCCUUUUUCCCAGCCAGGUCCGUCACCGACCACAUUUCCCCCCGUGACUCCUCCGAGCUCCCUAUCCUCUGAUAUGGAGAAGCCACAGCACGGAUCUGGCAGUAUUACCCCUCCAGCGAAGCUCAAGUCCUGUGAAUUCUGUGGCAAAUCAUUUCGCUUUCAGAGCAAUCUGAUAGUGCACAGAAGGUCUCAUACUGGUGAGAAACCUUUCAAAUGCCCUCUCUGUCCACAUGCAUGUACACAACAGAGUAAGCUCAAACGACACAUGAAGACGCACAUGAACAAAUCCCCAUUGUCUAUGUCAAAUGCAUCAAACAUGUCCAAUGACGGAAGUCUAGCCUCAGGCAGCAGCACUCCAGAUUCAAGUAAGCGUUUUAUGGAUGAUGAUGAGGAAGAGGAAGAAGAGGAAGAGGAGGAAAUGGAAGAAGAGAUGGAAGAGGAAGAAGAGAUGGGUCUUGGAAUGGAUGAAGAAGCCUAUAAAAAUAGCUUCAAAGACAACUUCAAAGAGGGUUUCAAAGACGGCUUCAAUCCACCAAAGAAGAUGGAGGUGAAUUCCUCUCCAAAGUCCAGUGAGCUGGCAGCAAGAUUAUUGGAGCCUGCAUCUAGUCCUGACCGCCAGGAUCAUCCCAAGGAACCAGAGCGUGCUAGUCCUUACACAGACAAAACCAGUCUCCUGUCUGAGGUCAUGAAAAAUACAGGUUUGACGAAUUUCCCAGCAUACAACGAAGCUUUCAAGCAAGCCAUGGAAGAGCAGGGUACUUCCCCUGUCGGCGGACAAGAGGAGCCAGCAUCGGAGAACUGCAGCAACAACAGCAGCAAUAGCAGCCAAGAUGGCAUGAAGGAGGACAGUCUCAAGAAGUCAUCAUCUGAUUCAGAUUCAGAGGCUCCAUGCAGCAAGAAAAUCAAGAAUGAGCCUAUCGACCCCAGUUCUUUCCCUACUAAUAACAUGGAAAACCAUCAUAUCUACUCCCUGUGGGGCUCCAUGGGGUUCCCAGCCCCGCCCCCUCAAGAUUUCUAUCAUCUAUCUCUUCCGGGGCUACAGUUUGACUGUGCUGGUCCUAACCAUAAUGGGUACAGUCCUUCGACCCCAGAGAGCGCCUUGAAAUCGUUUAAUGCACAGACCCCACCGAAACCAGGGCCCAGUACUCCAGUUUCAGGGGAGGCAGCUCAUAUGAGGAAGGAUCGAAUCAGAAAUGAUACCUGUGAGUUUUGUGGCAAGAUCUUCAAGAAUUGCAGCAAUCUCACUGUUCAUCGCAGGUCGCAUACUGGUGAGAAGCCGUACAAAUGUAUUUUGUGUAACUAUGCUUGUGCUCAAUCUAGCAAGCUAACAAGGCAUAUGAAAACACACGGGCGUAUAGGCAAGGAUGUCUACAAAUGUAAAUUCUGCUUGAUGCCGUUCUCUGUUCCUAGUACACUGGAGAAGCACAUGAGGAAAUGCGUGGAGAACCGAACACCCGGACUCAUACGGGAAACCGACUCGGAUUCUACAUCAAGUAACGCGACCACUCCGACUCUGAAUUGUCAACCUGGUAUCCUGCAGGAGUCCAGUAUGGACAAAAGUAGUGCUAAUGUUCCCAUGAACUGUGCCCCUGGAAUUCUACAGGACGCCAGUCUAGACAAAAAUAGCUCUAGCACACCCAAUCUUUGACUGAAAAUCUAUUGCUCAAUGGCAAAUUCUGUCAGUGAAUUUUUUUAAAUAUGUAAUUAUAUGGACUGACUUUUUAAGAUUCUGUUGUAUGGCAUAUUAUAUAUAUUGUAAUUAUUAUAGAAUCAAUUUGUGGGUCUUAAAGUGAUUUGUUGAAACAUAAGCACGGUGCAACUCAUGCACCUUGAGGUUUUUCCCCUGUUUUUUAAUGGCACAAAUACUCACUAGUAGCGGGAGUUGCUUAGUUUUAUUCAUCCUAAUAAUCUUGUUCGUUGAUAAGUGAGAAGACACUUACGUUGGACGUAUGCUACUUUUUAUGACAGUGUUUUUACACUACCGGUGGAUCUGUUUCUUAUGAAGAUGUAUUUUGAAUAUGGACUUUCAUCAUUUCUCAUGGUGCAUGUAAAUGGUCAAACCAUUUGUCAUGUUUUCAUCCUGUUGUUGGCCGAUGCUAACUGUUGUUAGUGUAUCAUAUACACGCCACUUGUAAACUUUUUUGCACGGAAUUCAUUUUAGAUUGUCUUUUUAAAACCUGUUGGAUAUUCAGUCUUUGAAGAAAAAUCUUUAUUUUUCACGUGAAAUUUUCUGAUUUUUUUUUUUUUUUUUUUCUGUUUUGUUGUUAAAUGUGAAGUGUAAAUACAAUACACUAUUUCAAGCGAAAAAUUUCUUUUGUUUCAAGAUAAAAUACCUCUUUUUUUAAAAAUCUGGAUUUGUUAAGGAGAUUUGUUGUUGGAAUAAUCCGUUUUUAAAGCUGGGUUUUUAACGACAUUUUCAUUUUAUGAUCUGCACCAAAAUCAAAGUUUUUUAUGCCAUCGUUAUUUAUUUGCAUAAAAUCUGUUAAAUUUCACGUCUUAGGCCAGAACAGGAUUAGCUUGUUGCUUUUUAUGAUAUCUGGCCCCAGCCUCUUGACAUUAAUCAUUAAGAUUAUCAAAAAUUUUGCUGAAAAAGAUUUAAUUUGCUAGCUUCAACCUAAUUUAGAACUUUGGCUUGAUCAAACCAUCUUUAUUACAAAGUAUAGCUCCUAUAUUUUUUCUCAAGUUUACUUUUUUCUUGAUUAGAAAUUAUUUUUGCUUUGUUUAAUUUGUCAUACAUAACAGAGUGAAGAAGAUUAAGAGGUAAAUAAUGACCAUGACAACGUCUUGCUGGAUUAAUCGGCUUUAAAAAAGAAUGUUGACUAGUUUCGACACGUGUGUUGUGUCGUCAUCAGAACCUUCAGAGUGAAGAAAAGUUAACGGUAUAAACUUGAUGGUUAUUUGAUCGAGGAGUUGGGGCCAGGCGUGUUUGUACGAUACUUUGGUAAUCAUGAUGUAACCGUAGUUAGUAUUGAAUUGUUACUUUUUCUCAUAUUCUGUAAAUCCACAGGGUGUUUCGUUACCGCAUCAGGGAUGGAAACUUGUUACAUUUUUCUUAAAGAAUUGAUUGUUGUUAUCUGACUAUAGAAAAUAUGAUGCAAAGAGUUUAAUAUCAGGUAUUUAUUAGUUUUCCCCAAAAAUCAUCUUUCUUGUACAAAAUGAUUAUUGUUAUCAUAUUUACAAGUACGACUCUCUUUAGAUUUUUAUCAUUAUUAUUAUUAUAUUAUCGAUGCUUUCUGUAUCAUUUUGUUUGAAAGUGCUACUACCUUCAAAUCUGCUUUUAAUUCAAUAU